AGGAGAGGUAGCACGACGAAAAGAGAACAACAUAGAGCUUGUGGUUGGUGGUGGUGCUGCUCUGUAUGCGUGCGUGCGUGGUGGCAAGGAGUUUGAGAGAACGUGAACUCAGUGCUGACUCCGCUUCGAAACGGGAUUCGCGCGGAGUUAGAUUAACAGUGAAGACCUUUUGAGUGUAAGAGCCGUUUUUUUGUUGAAUUGAGGUGAACGAUCGCCGACAAGUCCGUGACUCAUCUGGGAUUGCCUUCUCUUCUACGUCUGCCGUGACCGGGAGAGACAAUGUGUCCUCUAGCAGGCUUGAUUUUUGGAUAAGACAAAUCUUCGAAAAGCUCAGAUUCCUACGCCGAAAAGACGUAGGAUGACUCUCAGCAGCGUGAGCUGUGGAGGUUUGGCAGCUGCUUCACCGACGACAGCGGCUCCGUUCGGCCCCCCACCCUCGAAGUCGACAUCAACGUCGAAUGGCUUUUGGAGCCCGCGCUACCAGAGAUCGGGCUCACAGCCGCAGGGCACAACGACCGAGGACGAGCAGCUCGGGACGUCGAUGAGUUCGUCCACUCCAUCGCCCAACAACCUCAAUUCACUUCCGCCAUCGACGUCAUCUUACGCCAUAACGCAUUCGGCGAGCCGACAGAGCCUCCAGAACGUCUGGAUGGAGAAGAAAGCGAAGAAGCUCAAGUUCUACAGAAACGGGGACAGAUUCAAGGGGGCGGUACUCUACGCAUUCUCGACGGAAAAAACGCGUUGUAUCGACUCUCUGUUCUCGGACCUUACGCGACUGCUCACAGACUCAGUAUCCCUUCCCUUGGGUGUCAGAUACGUGUUCCGGGUCUCGGACGGGAAGACAAUCAAGGGUCUCGAUGACUUUGAAGAAGGUGAAGCGUACGUCGUUUCCUCAACCGACACGCUGAUUUCCAUGGACUACGCGUCGCUAUCGACGCCAAGGCACUUCCAGCUUGCUGGCGUUGUCGGAGAAGCGAGGAACACUCCGAGUUUGGACCGAGCGAGAGUUACUCCUCUGCAGCCUUCGAGCGCGUGCCGAGAUCGAAGUAUGAUUCGACCUCGUUUGGUUCGCGUUCUGAGAGCUGGGAACAAACCCCGGAAAUUCGUGCGGCUCUUGCUCAAUAAACGAACCGCCCACACCAUCGAACAGGUGCUUGACGACCUCAGUCGAAUGGUUCAACUGGAUUCUGGGGCCGUGCGAAAAGUAUACUCGCUGAAUGGUACGCCGGUUCUUUCACUCGGGGACUUCUUCACCGCUCCUGACAAUGUGUUUCUGGCCUACGGGAAAGAAACUCCCAGCUCCGAGGACUUCAUGCUGGAUCCUGAUGAGUCGCGAAAACUAGAAUGCUCACAGAUGCGCCGAGAAACACGUUUUUACUCUCGGCCGAAGAAGGACGAUCGGGACUCGAGGGAGCAUCGCAGGAAUGCAUCAGCAGAUCAGCGCAAUCGUACGCGCGACCAGGCCGAGCCCAUACAUCCGGCUCUCGUCACUCGAGAAUUCGAUAUUCACAACAAAAUCGGCGAUGGAAACUUCGCAACGGUGUACGAGUGUCGACACAAGGCCACGGACAAGUGGUACGCUCUCAAAGUCAUCGACCAGACCAAGUGCAAAGGCAAAGAAAUGCUCGUCAAGAGCGAAGUGGAAGUCUUACAGCGUGUCAAACACGCAAACAUCGUCGAGCUCAUCAAACAGAUUCCGUCACCGGAAACUGAAGAAUUGUACCUCGUCAUGGAGCUCGUGUCGGGCGGCGAUUUGUUCGACGCUAUCAGCCAAGCGAACCAGUUCACAGAAGAACAGGCAGUGGAUCUUAUGCAGGACCUAGGACAAGCUUUAGAUUAUCUUCACAGCAGGAAUAUUGUCCACCGGGACAUCAAGCCCGAAAACCUUCUCGUCGUACCUGAGACCCAGCUCUACCGCAUGCGGCUGAAACUCGCCGAUUUCGGUCUAGCGGUGGAAGUUGUCAACAACGAAUUACUGUAUACCGUGUGCGGAACGCCGACAUACGUCGCUCCGGAGAUCCUCGCCGAGACCGGCUAUGGACUAAAAGUGGACAUUUGGGCUUGUGGAGUGAUCAUGUACAUUCUCCUAUGCGGGUUCCCUCCGUUCUCAUCCGACAACAACUCCCAAGAGGAACUCUUCGAUAAAAUCCUCGCCGGGCAGUUCGAGUUCCUCCCGCCGUAUUUCGAUCAUAUCUCGCUUGCGGCAAGGGACCUCAUCGAGAGGAUGCUUCAGGUCGAGGCGGAUGCGAGAUUCUCAGCUCAGCAGAUGCUGGAUCAUCCCUGGAUGAAGACGCGGUGUGCUUCUCCCGACUCAGCGAUGUCCAUGAGUACGGAGAGUAUGCACUUCGAAAGGAAGCCAGCGUCCUCGCAGUCGAACACAGACUCAGCGACCUCUUCUUUGUAAUGAAUGCCGACCAACAACAUACACUAUUUCCAGUGUUAACCUCCCCACUCUUAUGCCUCGUCGAUCGACGAUCGGCAACAUUCUUGGGGUUUCCGUAUUCAUGGCGUCAUCCACAUCUGAAGUUCUGACGCGCAAGUAGUCGUCGAUUACCGCCGGACAGAAUUUUCUUAAACCAGGGAAGCCUCUCCAGGCUCUGCAUGUAGACCCUCGAUGAACUGAAUGGAUGGGAGAAUCGAUCAAGGAAUUUCCGAGCACUUUGCAUCGUGGGAAAUCCACGCCGCAUAUGCACAGUCAGACCUCCCGGAAACCGUCUACGAGUGAGACCCCGCAGGGAUCAGCGGUCGGGGCUCUCCCGAACUCGGCUCUAGUUUUCGGUUCACGUAAUUUUCUCCGAGAUGGAAAUCAUUUCCGAUAGAACUUGUCCCGGAAAAGAAGCGACACGUAACGCCAUGUGUAAUAUAUCCUUCGAUGAUCACGAAAGAGGUGAUCAUAUUCAUCGCCGCAAUGAGAGAAAUC